AUGGCGGACAGGGAGGAGGCGCUGAGGGAGUUCGUGGCCGUGACCGGCGUUGAGGAGGAGCGAGCGCGCUUCUUCCUGGAGUCCGCCGGCUGGGAUCUCCAGAUUGCGCUUGCCAGUUUCUACGAGGACGGGGGUGAUGAGGACAUUCUGACUCUUCCCCAGCCGACACCCAGCUCUAUAUCCAGAGGCACUGCAGCCAGUGACCAUAGAGUAACAUCGUUUAGAGACCUUGUUCAUGCGCAGGAGGAUGAUGAUGAAGAGGAGGAGGGACAGCGGUUUUAUGCCGGCGGCUCAGAGAGAAGUGGACAGCAGAUCGUUGGUCCUCCGAGGAAGAAGAGUCCCAAUGAGCUGGUGGAGGAUCUGUUCAAAGGAGCAAAGGAGCACGGUGCAGUGGCGGUUGAUCGGACGGCCAAGAGCGGUGGCGAGACUAGCAAGCCUAAACCUUUCGCAGGGGGAGGGUAUCGCCUCGGGGCUACUCCGGAGGAGGAGUCUGCUUAUGUGGCAGGAGAGAGGAGACAGAACUCUGCUCAGGAUGUGCAUGUUGUACUGAAGCUCUGGAAGAGUGGAUUCAGCCUGGAUAGCGGAGAACUGCGGAGCUACCAGGAUCCAUCCAAUGCCCAGUUUCUUGAUGAUAUCCGCAGAGGGGAAGUCCCGGCAGAGCUGCGCAGGUUAGCACGGGGUGGACAAGUGAACCUGGAUAUGGAGGAUCACCGUGAUGAGGAGUACGUGAAACCUAAAAGUGUCUUUAAAGCUUUUACUGGAGAAGGACAGAAGCUGGGCAGCACGGCGCCCCAGGUGAUGGGCACCAGCUCGCCAGCCCAGCAGGCAGAGAACGAAGCCAAAGCCAGUUCUGCCAUCACUAUCGAUGAGUCAGAGCCCGUCACCAACAUCCAAAUCCGGCUUGCUGACGGUGGGCGACUGGUCCAGAAGUUUAACCACAAUCACAGGAUCCGUGACAUCCGGCUCUUCAUAGUAGAUGCUCGGCCAGCGAUGGCUGCCACCAGUUUCGUCCUCAUGACCACCUUCCCAAAUAAAGAGCUGACUGAUGAGAACCAAACCCUGAAGGAAGCCAACCUGCUCAAUGCUGUCAUUGUUCAGCGGUUAACAUAAAGGAACCCACCUCUCGCCACACGCCUGCCCGCAGUGCGCAUGUGUCGUCCCGUCCUGUGCGUGCACCUGCGCCGUGCAACACAGGCUCACAUCUACUCGUAGCUCUGGGUUCUUAGGUCUUGGUUGGACUUUUUUUCUCUUUAGUUGCAUUUCCCAUGGUUUUUUGGGUUUUUUUUUUUGUUUUUUUUUUUUUGUGAUGAUGAUGAUCAGUGGACUUUAAAAUAAAUAAACGAAACGAAUCCGUUUUGAAAGGA